CUAUGACAACAUUUCCAAUAUGGCCGCCUGAAACAAAACUUUUUGGAUUUUUCAAAAUUAAAGAUGUUAUAGGAUAGAAAUACAAAGAAGAGGAAGAAAAUAAAAACUGCAAAAUGCCGCUGGGGCCAUUUGGAGAAGUGGUUGGUACGACCAACUCACUGGCUCACUUGGGUGCUGCGGCCAAUUAUGAGAGUAAAGUGAUCGCUCCAAGAAAUCCAAAACUAAUGAAGGGUGACCAGGAAGAUGUUCAGAUGACGCCCUCUGUUUUCAUGUUCCAAAUGAGCAUGGACACAGAAAAGAAACUAGCAAAUACACAUGAAAUGAGACUCCCUAAGAAAAUAGAGUUUCUAGAUAUGGCAGACACAACACAUCAAAAGUUUUCUCAAGUGAGUGUAGAUGAGCCAAUGUUUCAACCAUAUCCAUCUGAGAUUUAUUUCCAAAACUACACACCAUUUGAGACAUACGAGGUGCCACUCCUCUUAAGGAACAGUGAUAAGGUUCCACGUCUAGUCAAGGUUACUCAGGCGGAUUCUCCAUACUUCAAGAUCAUCAGUCCACCAAAUGUAGGACACAAAGUUGGUCCUGGACUCCCGAGUGUAUUUAAAAUACAAUUUGUCCCUGAAGAGAAAAAGGAUUAUAUCCAUGAGUUAGUGGUGAUCACAGAAAGAGAAAAAUUCAUAGUGCCAGUGAAAUGUAUUGGAGCCAGAGCCCUGCUGGAUUUCCCUGAUGAUAUCAACUUUGCUGUAUGCCCUGUAAAGCAUGCUUCAACAAAGACUCUACUAGUUAGAAAUGUUGGCAACAGAGAAGCAAAGUUUGCAUUGACUGCUGAGGGAGAGUUCACAGUAUCUCCAGAAAAUGGAAUCCUUCCAGAGAAUGAAAGUAUGCAGGUCACUGUGACAUUUACACCAACCUAUGUAGGAAACCACAAUGAAAAACUUGUACUGCAUUAUGACACAGGUGAGGACAUCUAUAUUGAUCUCUAUGGAGGUGCUCAAGAUGUCAAUGUUAGGCUUGAUAAAAACUCACUCAAAAUAGAGAACACAUUUCUAUCAAUGGCCAAUCAGAGGACUGUUACCAUUAGCAACAGGAGUGAUGUCAUAGCUUAUUUCAAAUGGUCACAGUUUGCAACGCAACUCGAAGAAGAUUCACAGAGAUCAAGAUUCUGUAACAACAUUAGCCAGGAUGAAUCAAACGAGAGAGACAGGUUUCUGGAGGAGUGUAUCAGUGAUCCUUCACUUAGAGAUAAGAUGUCUAUCCUUAGUAGAACAUUCCAGAACAGGCGCAAGAUUGUAGAAGACGAUAAGAUGACAUUUUCUGAUGAUGUCAUCAAAAUUGACCCAGUGGAGGGAGAAAUUUGGCCAAACUCAAAUCUCGAAGUGACAGUUAUUUUCAAACCAGAUGAAGCUAAGACAUACACAAGGACAGCAUAUUGUGAUAUAGUAGGACGUGAGACACGACUUCCUCUCAGAAUUAAAGGAGACGGAAUUGGGCCAAAAGUUCAAUUCUCGUUCGACUCUUUAGACAUGGGCAACAUCUUCAUAAGCUCUAGCCAUGCUUAUGAAGUUGUUCUAGCCAACAAGGGAGAUAUCGAUGCCAUGUUUAGCCUUCUACCAAACAACUCUGUAUUUGGACCUAGGUUUUCAUUCAAUCCUUCAGAAGGUAUUGUAAUGCCUGAUGGUCACCAAGCCAUCCAAGUGACAUUCAACAGUCCUAUUCUGGGUGAUUUCUCUGAAGACUUCUAUUUCCAAAUAGAUGGCUCUCCAGAAAAACUGAAAUUGACAUUUAGUGGCUCUGUCAUUGGUCCAACAUUCCAAUUUGACAAACCAAAGCUGGAUUUCAAAAUGGUAUCUUACGGUUUCAUUUCUGGCCUGACCUGUACCCUACAAAAUACGUCACUAGUCCCCAUGACAUUCCACCUGAGAGUUCCCGGAGAUGGCGUCAAUGAGAGCAUCGCUAGUAACAGCGAUUACGGCAGCACAUUCAGCGAUACUGGAUCGAUGUUGUCUCCAAAAGAAUUCACGAUCACUCCAGAUCAUGGGAGCCUUGAGCCACAAAGUUCAAUGAGGAUUAUUGUUGAGUUGUGUUCGAAUUCAGUGAAGAAAUAUGACCUAGCUCUUGUGGUGGAUGUAGACGGUGUGGGUGAUGAGGUCCUGCAAUUGCCAAUAGUUGGAAGGUGCAUUGUACCCCCAAUCACAGUGAUCACACCUCUGCUGGACUAUGGUCGCUGUUUCCUAAAGCACCCCUACCAGCAAAAUGUCAAACUACACAAUUCAUCAGAUCUACCUGCUAAAUAUGAGCUACUCCCCCAGCAGAUAGACAGUAGUACGCCUAUACUGUACAAUAGUCCUCUUGCUAAGGGCAUAAUUGAACCCCACCUUGUGUUGGAGGUUCCCCUUGUGAUCACGCCCCAACAUCUAGAGGAACUAGGGGUCACUGCAUACUUUGGAAUAUUUGGAAGCUCUGAGGCACCACUGCCAGUUCACCUGUCCUGUAUUGGAGAGGGCCCAGUUGUACAUGUGAUGCCAUUGAACCUAGAUUGGGGACAAAUACCUGUCCUAACUGAAGUCUCUAAGACUUUGUUACUAUCCAACGAAUCACUGAUACCUGCCAAAUUCACAUCUCAUAUGGUGCGACCAAACUCUGUGUGGAAUGUCGAGCCUCGUGAUGGGGAGAUACCCCCAGAAGAAACUAUGGAGCUAACUGUUACAGCCAACCUGGAUGAUUGUGUACGAUUUCAAGACAAACUUCAGGUGAACUUUCUAGACAGUCAAGCACGGACCAUCCCUGUGACAGCCUAUGGGUAUGGGACAACUAUAGUCUCUGAUCCACCUAUGGAUGUUUAUUUGAAUCUUGGACCACAUUUUAGCGCAAACCCUUGCAAAAAGACAUUCUUGUUGACCAACAAAGGGCGUCGUCAUCAACAAUUGGUCUGGACAACAGAUGGAUUUUCUAUGGUGCGCAACAAGAAAGACACAGUACCUGUUAAUAUGAAGGAUAUGAGAGUCAGGGAUGCCCCACCCCCACAGAUUCUGAAGACCCCUGUGUUUAAAUUGACCCCUCAGAGGUUUGAUUUACCCCCAGGAAAGAGUGUUACAGUGGAACUUGAGGGACAGGUUGAUAUGCCUCAAACAGUCAAGGAGCGAAUGCUGUGCCAUGCUAUCAUUGGUCGAGCGGGUGGCAAGGAGUUAAUAAAAAAGGUUGACAUCAGUGUUGAAUUCAUCAGUCCCCUCGUUGAGUUCUCUACCAAGAAUCUUUUCUUCAGAGUUGAUAAGCUGCCAGAAGAUACUUUAGAACUUCAAAGACGUGAUCUAGAGAUGACAAACAUUUCAAGCCUUCCUUUGAGUUUAAGACUUCAGUUAAAAUAUCCAUUCAGUUUAGUUGAUCAGGAUGGUAUGGCAACCACAAAUGAAAUGCUUGUGUCAAUGAAAGAAGGAGAUGUAAGGACUGUCACAAUCGAAUUUGACCCUGCGUACAAAUCAGACGCCCAUAUAAGGACAAUAGAUGAGGUUCUGAACGUGACCUAUGAUGAGCAUCCACAUGUUGACUACAUUGCUCUGAGGGGAGAAGUGUACUUUCCAAACCUUGAGUUUGAGAAGAUGGAUGUUCACUUUGGAUGUAUAUUAAAUGACACUGAAGUGACAAGAUAUGUGAACAUCACAAACAAUAGCCCAAUGGAGGUGAACUACAAGUGGUGCUUCCUUGUGGGAGAUGAACCCAGUACAAUGUUCAACAGACCACAACCUGAACCAACCCAAGUACUUGAUGUUGAAGCUGAACAUGAUGACAUUCAGCCUGAAGAAAAGGUUGAGAUAGAGAUUAGAGAUGAAGAGGAGGCAGACGAAGGACUUGGACAAGAUAUAAAGGAGGAUGAGGUCAAUGGUGACCACAAUAUGAGUGAUGAGGAGAGAGAAAAGAUGGAUACGGAGAAAAUAGAUAGUGGAGAUGAAGAAGAGAAAAAAGAAAUGCUCAUCAUGGAACCUGCAAAUGAAGAAAAGGACAUAUUUGCUGAGGACCAGGACCUCUCAGAACAGCGUAUAGUGAUCAGUCGUGCCUCUACAGCAGCUGACCCCAACCGCCCAGGGACAGCUGCCAGUAAGGCCCCAACUACAGUGAACUCUGUCCUACAGGCUCUAAUGGAGCCUGACCCUAAUCAGGAGCCCCUGGGGGUUGAAGAGGUAUUUGAUAUUCUCCCUCUAUAUGGGACGCUAAAACCUGGAGAUACCGAACAAAUCACAUUGACCUUUUAUGGGCAUGCAGACAUUUGGGGACUGGCACGUGCUCUCUGUGAGGUGGAGGGAGGUCCCACUUAUGAAUUGACACUCAGUGGAGAAGCCUCAUUGGUCAAUUAUGAGUUUGAUUGUGUGGAUAUAGAUUACGGGAAACAGAUGUUUGAUCAAGUUGCUGUAGCAGAAGUGACUCUCCAUAACACAGGGAAGGUUGGCUUUGAGUUCACUGCUCUCAACAUGGACCCCAGUAUGGCUAAUAAACCAAUGCCAGGUGUUCCUGUUAUGAUUCCACAUACAGGAUACAUAGAGGCCAAUGCUUCUCAGACUCUCACCUUAAAGUUCCUGCCUGGAGUACCUGAAACAUUCCACAAGAGCUUUAUGGUCCAAGUGGCCCAUUUCGAACCAGACACCAUCAACCUAUACGGAGAAGGUGUUUUCCCAAGAAUCUCCCUGGAUCUCCCGAGGAUAGGUGACGAAGAAGGACAUUACACGUCACUGAUGAAGGAUGUACGAGAGAGCCUAGCCAAUGAGAAGGAAGGGAAAGAAUGCGAGAGGUGUGAUCAACUACCCAGCGCAUUGUCAUCGCAACGUGAUACCCAUAGAUCUGACGAUGUUAAGUCUGGCAGUUGUUUACAUCAAGAAAACUUGCCAUCGGAACUCGAUAUCCAGAUGGAGGUUGAGAGAAUGAUUGUUAAGGAGUUUGCCGAAGACCAGCAACAGAAUAGUUCUCGUAGUGAUGUCUUCCAGACAAUUCCACAAACAUCUGAAAGUCGAAAGUCAAGCUCUAAACCAAAGAAAAAGCUCAAACCAAAGCCAAGACUACCUGAUUAUUUGUUGGACUUUGGCUAUGUUGUCCUAGGAACCGUCCGCACACAUAUUGUACGCGCCACUAACACUGGUUGGUAUCCAGCCUCAUUUUCAGUUGAUCACGAGUAUCUCUGGAAUAGCGGCUUCAAUGUGGAGUUAAAUCGUGUUCGACAACUUCCGGGCGCUCCAGAUCAUGAGACGGUUGAUUUUGUUAUCAGUUUUGAUCCCAGGGGUGCCAAUCUUGGCCUUGGUGACACAGAAACUAUAGUCCCAAUAAAUAUUGUUGGUGGCCCUCAAGCAUGUAUUAAGCUAAGAGCUAAUGUUACAAUGCCUGAUAUGGAAAUUUCCUCUGAUACUCUGGAUUUUGGAAAUGUUAAUUGUGGGGAGUGUAAGGUGAUAACUGUUCAACUGCAUAAUCACAAACAUGUCAAAUGUGAAUGGAAUUCAAUCGCUGAACAGAAAGAUAAGAAAAAGGUUGACAAGCACACACCGAUGCAUCUUAGAAGAACCCAGAAGAAACAGACAAAUAAGCCAAAUACCUUUGAGAUGAUGCCUGCCUUUGGUACUCUCAUGCCUGGCCAAAGAAUCAAUGUACAAGUCAAGUUCAUGCCAACUGAAGAGACUUUCUACGAGCAACGUAUUCCUCUUCGCCUCUCUCAGAGUAGUCAACGCAUCAUGCUGAUGGCAAGAGGUCAAGGGUUAGAGCCUCGUUUGGACUUUGAGCGCAAUCUUGUAGAGUUUGGUCCAAUUCUUCCUCACAGUAGUGGUGAUGAGCAAGAAAUAGUCGUGAAGAAUCCCUGUGAUUUUCCAAUUGAGUUUUACAGUCUUGAGUUUGACAAACAAUACCUGGAAGAGGAAAAGAUUCUGCGUCUGAUGCGGGGGUUUGAUGAGUAUAACACCGUCCUACUGCCACCCCGUGCCACAGGAGACAAACUGCCAUCAGAACUUGUGGACUAUUAUGAAGAACAGAUAAAAAAGUUUGAAGAGGCGGAGAAAGCUCGUAUUGAAGCAGAAGAGGCAGCUGAGCAAGCUAGGAAAGAACAGGAGGAGCAAGAAGCAGCUGCAGCUGCUGCCGCUGCUGCAGAGGGUGAAGAUGAUGAAACAACGACAACUGACCAACAAUCCAGUGUUCCAGUCAUCACCACAGUAGCCCCAUCUAGACAAGCUAGCACUGAACCAAUCAAAGACAAGGAAGGAAAACUUGAUAAAUCAAUGGAGAAACUUGAUGAGAAAUCCAGAGAUGCACUUAAAGUAGAGGAUGAAGAUAAAUUGAAAGAAUCAUCCAGCAGUGUUGGUGUAGGAGAACUGGAAAUAACCCCAGUAUCUGCCGCUAUUGCAAGGCAUCUUGGGAUAGAUCUAUCCCCCGAGGGCAAGGCAGCUCGCAAUCGCAGAGGCAUUGCAGUUAUAGUACAUGGCGCACCAAUGUCUGGUAAAACCAACACUGCUAUUAUGCUAGCCAAGCGCUAUGAGGCUGCACUACUCAGCAUUAAUAGCCUCGUCACAGAGGCAAUAUCUAGCGGAAGCACACCUGCAGGGUUACGUGCUAGGGAACUAUGCCAAGAGGCUGCUCGCAAGAAAGCUGAGGAAAUGCGUCUGCUAGAAAGUGAUGAGGGUGACAAAAAGGUUGCAGGAGGAUUGAGUGUUGAAGCAGUAGCAGCCCACACACAGGGACAAGGUGGUGGUGUAAGUGGCAUCUCAGCAGCUCACAGCGUGGCGCACAGUGUGGUGUCUAACCGUAAGACAAGCACAGUGGGAGAACCCAAGGGUAAAGACAAACAUGGCCUAAAGGGGGCAGCUGCAGCAGCUGCAUCAACACUAGAUGGCGCUUCUAGUCAGGUACCAAGUAGCCCCCCUCCUCUUAUGGCCCCUAUAGCACGUAGACUGAGUGUGAGCGCCAGUGUUGCUGGGGAGGAAGGAUUAAUGAGCUGCGUGCUUCCAGAGGAUCUACUAGUUGACCUACUAGCUGACAGAAUCAUGUUGAAUGACUGCCAUAAGGGAGUGGUGUUUGAUGGCCUGGAUACACUAUUUAGCCAGAACAUGCCAUCCACCCUCAAUGCUAUAUUACGCGCGCUGAAUAACAGGAAGUACAUCUACAUGCUCUCGUUGAAACUAGACUAUAAUACUCUCAAAGAAAAAGAGAAAAAGGAUGAAGAAGAAAAAGAGAGACAAGCCAUUGAGAAGGAAGAAGCUGAAAGGCGUAGACUGGAGGAAAUGUCCGAAGAUGAAUAUGAUGCUUUAACUGAUGGCCAAAAAGCUGAGGUUGACCAGAAAAGAUUGGCAAUUAAGAAAGCAAGAAUCAAAAAAGAAAUGGAAGAAAAAAUGGAAAGGGAACGCCGUGAUCGUGAAAUAUGGGAAGCUGAGCAGCGCCGCCUAGAGGAAGAAAAGGCAAGCAAAAAGAAAGGGCGUAACAAGGGAAAUGACCCUAAAGAUAAGAAACCAGACAAAGGAAAGACUGGGGCAGCCCAAAGUGCUGACCGUAUGGGGACGUCAUUGACUUCACGUGGAGGCCCAAAACCACACGAUAGUGACCACCAAGUUGGAAAAGCGCCAUCUGCUUAUGGUGAUCGACCAGAAUCACACGCCACUGAAAGUAGUGAACUACAUGUAGGGGAUGGAAAGAAAAAGAAGAAAGAGGGCAGCAAAGAGGGAAAGAGGCCUGUUUCCCAUGAUGCAACAAAGGACAUCCCAUUACCCCCUGAGGAACCCCAAAAACCAGAAAUCAGUGAAGAAGAAAGACUGCUUAUGCAAAGGUUCAGGACAUUUGAGGUGACUCAGAAAGAGAUCUGUGAUAUCGCAGAUUUCUGGGAUAGGAUGACUCUGACGUUGAAGCGACCAAUAACACCAUCUGCUGGAUCUGAACUCGAUGAUGCUCAUCUUACAUCUGGCAGGAAAAUGAAAGGAAAAGACCAUGGAAAAGACAAACAUGAUAAAGACAACAAAGAUAGGAAGGAUAAAGCUGGCAAGGACAAGCAAAAUGAACAUGACAAAAAAGAUAAACUUGACAAAGAGGCUGCACCAAGCCAGGCUGACACAUUAGACCCUGACCAGGAUGUGAGUGAGUGCCCUAUGAAAGGUAAAGCAGAGAGCAGGGACAGACUUGAUGAUGGAAUAGGGAUCAACCACCUGCAGUUAAACUGUGCAGAUGAGGCUGCUCCGGGCAUACGUGCCAUAGAGACUGGUACACUCCCUUCAGUAGAAGAGGUAUUAGAUGGAUUAGGCCUGGGCCCCAGAGGACCCCCUAUCCCACCCCCUGCAGAGUUCCAGGUUGUGCCCUACCCUGUGAAACGUCAUGCCCCUCAGGCGGCUGCAGAAUCAGGACAUUACAUAUUUGUAGCAUCCCACCCUGAUGACCCUAAUAUUGCUCGAGAAGAGAAACCAAAGGAAUCUGAACAGGAAGAAGAGAAAUCUGCCACACCAGAUGGUAAAGGAAGAGAUGACCAUACUACACCUACCAGAGGCAAAGGCAAAGAUAAACUGAAAGCUGAGAGCAAGAAAGACAAACGUCAGAGCAGCGCUGGUAAAUCAAAGAACAUCGGCAGACGAUCCUCCGCCAGUGUGAUGUCACCACCACCUGGUGCCCAAACACCAGUUUCUGACGGAGAUGCCUUGAGCACAAUCACAGACAAUGUUGGAGUAGCCAUUGUUGAUUCCAACAACCCGAAACUAGGAACAUUCAGAUGGAUUGUGCCAGCUAAUGGAGAAUGCGUCCUAAAGCUGCGCUUUGUGUCUGAGGAACUCGGUCAGUUUGACCAGACCCUGAACUUUGAGAUCAUGGGCACUAGGAGGCGCUACCAGUUGUUCUGUCGGGGUGUCUGUGCAUUCCCCACUAUCAGCAGAGAACCAAGGAUUGUGUUCCCUCAUCGUAAGAAGAACAAGAAGUCAGAUGAGAUUGUCCACAAGAAAUACAUCCUAACUGAUGAGACCUUUGACUUUGGACCUCUAUUGGUUGGGAAACCAAGAGAUAGGUACAAAGAAGGCAGAUACCCAGAGAACAUGGAGAAACUAGUCGUCCACAAUACAUCCCCGCUAGAGGCUGAUAUAAGUUUCUGCUUCCUGUCAGAUAGCAAAGCAGAGACUUACCUACUGGAACCAUCUAACCUUAUACUGAAACCUGGAGAAGAAGGGGAGCUUCUUAUUUGGGCAUAUCCAAAGACACCAGGACGCUACGAAGAUUCUAUUGUGUGUUGCAUCAGAGAAAACCCAGAGCCAAUCAUAUUCAACAUCUCCUGCGAUGGCGUUAGACCAGAACUUGAACUCGAUAAAAAAGUCCUACAUUUUGACAAAGUCUUGCUACACAGGAAAGACACCAAGACCAUCUAUCUGCGCAACAGCACACUUCUACCAGUAGCAUGGAAAAUCAGCGGCUUGGAAAACCUUGGGGAAGAUUUCUCCGUUUCAAAUGACAGUGGCAUCAUUGAAGCAAAAUCUGAAUUCGGACUGAAUGCUCAUUUCCGAGCCCUAAAGGCUGUGACAACCAAUAAAAAGGCAAUCCGUCUGGAAGUAUCAGAUGUUGAGGGCAUUAUGGGAUUGGUGCAGACCGAGACUAUUCAGGUACAUGCAGAAGCCUAUGAUGUUGCUCUUGAUAUGAGUUUCCCUAAGGGUGCUGAUGGAGGGAUUGACUUUGGUGUUAUCAGAGUUAUGGAUGAAACUAAGCAGCAAUGCACAUUGAAGAACAAAGGCAGAUAUGAUAUUGCUUACAGUUUCACAUUUGAGCCAUGCGAAGGUUGCCCCCAGGAGAUAUGUGAUCUGUUCUCCGUAUUACCAAAUAAGGGAGUUCUAACACCAAUAGAUCGUCCCACACCUGUACAAGUGAUAUUCAAGUCUUCAAAGGAAACAACUGUGAAAGAAAUGCCAAUCUUGAAGUGCCAGGUUAUUGAGCCAAAUAUAGGUGGAGGGGAAACUAUUGCCAGUAUUCCAGUCAAGAUCACUGUACGCUCAGUCUUUAACAAGUACAACAUAUUCCCUAUCAACGACAUCAACUUUGGCUCCCUACUUGUAAACAGCAAGAAGACGAGGACGUUCACAAUAGAGAACAAGGGAGAGUUUGACUUCAAGUAUACCAUCACAAAACGUGAGAGGAAAGAAGAUAAAGAGAUCAGAGCUAGACCGCCAGUCAAGGGAGAUAAACGUAGCAAAUCACGAGAUGGAUCAAGCUCAGGUCGUUCUGUAGCCAGACCCCGAAGAGCAGACUCGAUCAGACAAGAUAUAGGUCAAGGUAACCAAUCCAGAUUGGUUGUUGGGAUGUUUACGAUCUUCCCAGCAUUUGGUCUGAUCUUGCCCAAUGGCCACCAGACUGUGACUGUCGACUGUAUCACUGAACAACCUGGCAGAUGUGACGAGGAGUUGUCGGUGGAUAUAACAGAUAGAGAUCCCGCAGAUCACCCCCAGGGAAUCCCAUAUAGACUCAUAGCAGAGGCUUGUAUUCCCGCAAUCAGCACAGCUGAUAUUGGCGCCAUCUUUGAGGAGCACCGUGUUGUGAAAAAUCUGAGCGUUUGGCAACAUGGCCACCAGAUUGAAAGCGGUGGGAUCUUUGGUGAAGAUGAGAACAGAUUCAUCUUUAAUAACGUCAUCGUUGGCAUGAAAGCCAAAGCUCGCUUCAAAGUCAGUAACUCCAACAAAGUCCCUUGCGAUGUUGUCUUUUCUAUUAAACCCCUACAUGCUAAACACGCUUCUAAGAUUAUGGAGGUGUUUGAGGUAGAGCCUACAAGGGCCCAGAUUACAGCUCAUGGACACCAAUAUGCAACUGUUACAUUCAUGCCAGCCUCAAUGCAGACAUUCACUGCCAAUUUUGAAGCUGCUAUAGAUGGCGUACCUCAGAACCAAGCCAAGACACGUAAUUUGUCAUUUGAGGUCUCAGGGGAAGGGAAUCUACCAAGGAUUACAAUACAGAAACCAACAGUACGCAACAAGAAGGGCCAACCCCUGUUGUUAUAUAAAAGAACAUUGCUCGGGAGAAAGGAGGCACUUCCUCUGACUCUGACCAAUGAUGGAACCCUCCCUUGCAAGGUUGACAUUGACCUGGUUGACCCUGACGAUGUGUACACAUUGCGCCCUCUGGAGGGCACCAUGGCAGUUAUGGCUGAUCCCGAUGCCCUUACUGGGGAGACAUCACGAUUACCACACACAGCUAGUGUGAUUGUGAAUGUGGGUGAUACUGCAAACUUUGAGGUUAUCUAUGGUCCAACAGCGAGUGUCAGAUCUCAAGGAAACAUCCGCCUAAGUGUUGUCAACAAUCAGUAUGAGGACUCAAUAGUUCAGAUAGUUGGCGAGGGAUACGAGGAUGACAUCACACUUGACAACAUUCACAGCAUAGCAACAACUGCCGAUCCAGAGAACCAAGAGGGAAAUAAUGCAGAUGAUGACGUAGCAGCUGCCAAAUCUAAUCAUAUUCGCUUUGGAGAUUGCUACAUCAAUGAACCUCGAACUCUGACCUUUACCAUGACCAACCACAGCAAAACUGACUGUGUGAGAUUCCUUUGGCCUGAGCAGCCCCAAAUUAAAUUUGCACCUCAGGUCGGGCACCUCCAUGCAGAGUGCACAAAGGAUAUGAGCAUUACAUUCAAGACAGAUGCCCCUAAAUCUCUAGAGGAACUAUCAGUGCCAUGCAAGAUCACAAAGAUUACCUUCGAUAAACCAAAUAAUGAGAUUGCAGACUGGGAUGAUAGAAUGAGAACAGUUAAAUGGGUGGAUGUGACACCCCCUGUCCCUGCUACAGCUGACAGUUCCAUGAAGCCAACUACUCCCCUAAGUCAGCCAGGAUACAGUUCAGUGCCACCUAGGCCAGCUAAAAAGAAAGUAAUUGAAACUGAACCCGAACCAAGUUUUCAAGAGAUUGCAGAAUCAGCGAGAACAUUAGAUUUGCUCGUAUCAGCGAAUGCGGAUUUCUGUAAAUACAAAGUGAAAUCUGAGCCAGUCAAGUUCAAGGACACUUUGAUGUUCCAGACACGUGUAUAUGAGAUGAAUUUGACCAACAAAGGAAACAUCAGCAUGGACUUCAACUGGCAGGUAGUAAUGGAGGACUUCACGAUGGCUCGUUCCGUGACAUUUGCCAAUGAAUUAGAGCGUCCUGAAUCACGUGCUGGUUCCACAACUCCUAGCUCAUUAUCGAGUGAUAAUAUGUAUGUUCCAUUUUCAAUUGAGCCAGAAAAUGGUACAAUAUUAUCUGGGAAGAAACAGAGCUUCACUGUGAAGUUCUCUCCUCUUGAUGUGAAUGACUAUGAAGCUAGACUUCUUUGCAGUAUCCCUAACCUAGAGGAAGGCAAACAGGGUCCUGCAAUCGCUCUGAAGGCAAGGAGUCUUCUCCCAUAUUGCCAUUUUGAGUUGGAGGCUUCUGAUUAUUUGACCAGUGCCAGGCGUAACCCAGAGAUGAGGGGACCCAAUGGGGCACCCCCAGGCACCACUCUAGACCCUAACACACGAGUCAUAGAAUUCAAAUCUGUGGGUGUCCACGUGAAGAAUACCAGGAAAUUCUUCAUAGUAAACCCUACAAAUGCCCCAUACACAUUUACAUGGAUGAAUGAUGAUGAGAUUGACCCGAAGCAUCCACCCAUGUUCAAAUGUCUAACACCAGAGGGCUCUAUAAGACGGGGCAAGAAACAGGAGAUAUUGUUUGAGUUUACACCGACUGAGCUUGGGAUUACAGAAAGUUUCUGGAAGUUUGUGAUCCCAGAACACAACAUCAGUAUCCCAUUCUUGUUAAUGGGAGAUGCAAGGGAGCCAAAUAUAGCCAUGGACAGAUCUCACUUCAACUUCAAGUCACUGCUUAUUGGUCAUGAGGCUAUGGAAACCGUACACAUAGUCAACACUGAGGAUUCCCCACUUUAUUUCACAUUUGCUGAGGAUUCUACACAUGCUGCUGCAUUCACUGCUCACCUAACAGUUGAACCCAUGACAGGAUGCGUAAUGCCUAAAUCAAAAACACCCAUCAACCUCUUCUUCACUCCAACGUCUGAUAAAGAAGUGAACUUCAACCUUAUAUGCAACAUUAAGAAGAAGAUCCUUCCAUUAACGCUUAAUGUUAAGGCUGAGGGCUACUCCAUGGAGUGUAUGGUCUUAUGUGAGGACUCUCAGGGAAACAAGGUGGAACUCAGUGAUAGAGGAUUCAAUGAACUCAGUUUUGGAGAGGUGGAGGUCAAUGAAAAGGCAGUUCGAAAUAUCUUCAUCGUAAACUCUGGGAAAUUCAACUUUGAUUUUGAUUGGACGUUGAAUGAGAGAAGCACGCGUAAGGACAAAAUGGUUACAAUAACACCUGAGAAGGGCGGUGUGAUGUUUGGAGAGAGAACUAAGUGUGCAUUAGCAUUCUGUCCACCUGCCAAGACUGCACUAAGAGGAUGUGAACUGAUUCUUAAGAUCUCUAAUGGACCAACCUAUGUUAUUAAUGUAAAUGGCACUGGAGUUGCUCCAGGGGUCCAUUUCUCAUUCUACAGCUACAACUUUGGCCCUUGCUUCAUCUACAGGGCUGGUAUGCCAAAACAUAGCAAAACAUUGCUCGUUACAAACAAAGACAAGAAAGAAAUUAGUUUGGACUGCCUGUACGUCCCGACUGCUCAACUCCACCAUGAUUUUGAGGCGCUUGUUCUACCACCCGGUCAAACUAAAGAAGUUGAAUUAUCAUUCUACCCACGUGAAGCCAUCAAGUACCAAGAGACAAUAACUUUUGAGAUCAAUGGGCUCUCUAAACAGAACAUUGAGAUCACUGGAAUGGGCACAGAGAUGAAGAUUGAGGUUGCCAAUCCAAAGCAAAAGAUGGUCAACUUUGGUGCUCUUCGUGUCGGUCAAACUGUCAAGAAAGCAGUCCCUAUUGUUAACAAUAGCCCCGCCCCUAUAUCAUUCCAUCUUGCCAUCACGCCUACCAAUACAGUUCUACAGGAGAAGGGCGUCAUGACGCUAACUCCAACAACAGAGAUGACCUUGGAGCCAAGAGGCGGAAUGGCUAAAGUUGAGAUGAUUUUCUCUCCAAAAACAAGAGUCCCAAAAUUCACAGAAGAGAUAAUGUUGGAAUGUGCUGGAAUGUUCCAACCUUUGUUUGCUGUGACUGGCUGUUGCCAUGGUAUUGAGAUCAACCUUGACACUGAUGCUAUACCAUUCGGGGCAGUUGUCCAAAAGAGCUCAAGUACUCGCAAAUUGGUCAUGAAUAACACAGGAGAUAUAGGAGCCAGAUUCAAAUGGGACAUUGCCAAGUUCAAACCAGACUUCUCAAUCAUGCCAGUGGAGGGUUACAUCUCUCCAGGGAUGGAGGUCCCAUUUGAAGUAAUGUUCCAUCCACAGAUAGUAAGCCAAGAUAUCAGAAAUGAGAAUCUCAAAUGCAAGAUAGAAGGAGGUAAAGCAUUGAAACUCACUCUAACAGGAAUGUGUACCAGCAUCCCACCUGUCAAAGAAAUCCAACAUUUUAGCACACACGUACGCAUGAAAGAAACCCGCAACCUAAUGGUAAUGAACAGGACCAAUAUGCACUGGCAUUUACGACCAAUCGUAGAUGGGGAAUUCUACACUGGUCCCGAUACUUUCGAUGUAGACCCCCAGCAAAGCAAACCAUAUGAAUUGACAUAUAAGCCACUUGUCAUGACAACGGAAGGCAAGAAACAUCAAGGGACUGUGUUUUUCCCACUUCCUGAUGGAACUGGCUAUUUGUUUAAUGUGUCGGGAACUUCUGAAGCACCGAGAGCUGUGUCGAAGUUGGUUCGUGAUAUACCAUGCAAGACCAACUACUCAGAAAUCUUACCAGUAAAUAACUGGCUCAAGAAGCCUCAAAGAUUCCGGAUUAAGUUUGAGAUGAUUAGACCAGACAAGCUUGAUUCUGGGACCACGCUGAAGGGUCUAGACUACAUAGAUGUACCUGGGAACUCAAAACGUGACUUCAAGAUUCAUUUCUAUGCACACAAAGAAGGCUCUACUCAGUUUAAGACUGUCUUUACCAAUGAAACAACUGGGGAAUAUCAAUAUUUUGAGUUGACUUUCAAAGCAACAAAGCCUGGUGUCAUUAGCACAAUAGACCUAAGCACACCUGUGCGCCAAAGCAUUCAACACACGCUUACCCUAAAGAACCCAUUAUCGUAUGCUGUAACAUUUCUUGCUUCGUGUAACGUCGUGGAGGUUUUGAUGCCUAACCAAUUAGCAGUGCCAGCAGAGUCGGAGGGUAACUUCAACAUUGAGUAUCUGCCCCUGAAAGUGGGUGAGACGCCAGGACGUUUGGAGUUCACAUGUAAUGAUCUCGGUCUGUAUUCAUAUGAUCUCAAUCUCAAAGCAACUGUCGCAGGACCAGAACGAGGCUUGUACUUCAGGACGUGUCUCGGUGUACCACAAACUCAUGUCGCAAAAUUCCUCAACUUUGCUAAACAGAAAACUGAUUAUGUUUGUAAGUUGGACAACACUGAUUUCCAUGUUGAUAAAACAGUAGCCGCAGCUCCUGGUUCCACCAGUGGUACAGAAGUUGCUGUAGAAGCCGUUUACGAGCCUUCCAGACUCGGCGAAUCACGUGGCACCCUCACUGUCCAAUCAGCAGUUGGAGGUGAAUACACAUUCCCAUUAUUUGGCACCUGUAUAGCACCAAAACCACAAGGGCCAUUCACAGUGAAAGCAGGUGGAACAACAUCUAUAACAUUCAGGAAUGUGUUCCCACACACAACAGCGUUUACAUUCCAAGUUGACAACCCAUUGUUUCACGUCACAAAACCUGCUGAGAAUAUACGAUCGAGGAAAGAUCAUCGUGUUGUAGUAGGGUAUGAUGGGAAUGAUUCUGGCAGUAAGGCAGCCGUCAUGGGCAAACUUGUCGUAUCUUGUCCUCGAUCAGCAGGCGGACAGUCUAACGUGCAGUGGGUAUAUUAUCUUAAGGGGGUCACCUUAGAGAAAGAAAAAUAACCUGUGAUUAUGAAAAUGAAAGAAAUCUGAACAAUUAGACACAUAAAAUGCUUCAUCCUCCGAACGCAGGCCUCCACCAGUCGUACCACAUUCUUG